CGGGCACACGCGAACGAACGCAGGCCCGAGGGUCGGCUCCGGCGGCGCGACGCGUCGCGUCGCGACGCUCGGCGCCGCGGCCUCCUCAGUCAGCCCUGCGCCGUACGGGCGACGACCACGAGGAAGAGGAAGCGCCGCCGCUUCUCGCCGUCGCGCGAGCCGACGCGACGCGACGACGAGCGCCCGUCCGUCCGUCGAGAGCUUUAGUCCGCGUCCGCACGUCGACUGAAACACGCGACCCACGUCCACCCGGCGUAGUUGUGCGCGGCUUCCCUCCUUCCUCCUGUCACUCAAGCUCGUCCUGAAGGAACGACCAAUCCUACCGGAUCGGAUAACAAAGUCUCUUUGUUCCCCUGCUGUACCUCUCUUUUUUGCCUCUCUUUCUCUUUCUUUCUUUCUCUCUCUCCCUUUCUCUUUCUCUCUCUUUCUUUUUUUGUCUCUCCCUUUAUCUCUUCGUCGUUCUACUCGCGCGCCGGUUAUCUGAUAGUUCUUCUCGUUUCCAACUCCUACGACAGAUGCUUCGCGAUCCUUUCUGAAAUAGAUGGAGGAGAGGAUGUUUCGGGCGCAUGGAAGGAAGAUUAAGACCGCCGGAAAUUCGGGAUGCAAUAUCCGGCGGCCCUAGUUACACGUACGGUGUGUGCGCGCCAGUCAGCUUUCCUUCCUCCGAAGUUGGAGCAGCUUCGAUAUAAGCCGGAGAACGCUCGCGAAAUUUUGGAUCGGAGGAUCUGCUCAACGAAGAUCUCCAGUGAGAUCUCCAGUCGCCGCCAAACGCACCGACACAUAGUACAAGAUUCGUUGCCAAAUUCGCGUCACGUGAUAACCAUCGCCACUUCAGAGAUUUCUUCCCUCUUUAAAACAUCAUACUCUAAAAGCUUUAGCAUGUGCUAACGGAGUCACGACGCAAUUUCACCGUUGGAAAUUACGUUAGAUUUAUAACGAGAUCUCCGUUAGAAGGAUCUCGCGAGAGGUUGGAAAAACAGUACAGAUUUACUUGGCGAGGAGACGAAGAGUUGGCGACAGAGGGACACCAUGAAGAGACUUGUCUUCAGCGGGACGAAGUGAUCUUCGAAGACGCGAGGAAGCGAAGAGGGAGUCGAAGCGUCGGGUCGGGUGAAUCGGGCCGGCAACGGGCCCGAUCGGUGUGAUGGUCUCGGGGUGGUGCCCGUGCGUGCCACUGGGGCGUCGGCAAUCGUCGGCCCAGCAGCAACAGCAGCAACAACCGCAGUCAUCGUCCAGGGCGCCGUUCACCGUCAGCGGCACGACCGAUCGCGCGGAUAUGGUGCAGAUGUUCUACUACGAGAACCGCGGCAAGUGUUGCAAGAAGCUUCUCAGAUACAAUGGAUACCCGAAUAAGGUCCUUUUGUUCCCCGAGGAGGGCUGGGCGAGAAGCGCGAGUAGUUCCUAUUGGACCCUGACGCCGUUCUGGUGGAGCCGGAGUCGGUGCAAGGUCGUCGAAGUUGCAGGAACAAGAAGGUAUAGUACUCAGGCGAAGAUGGUGGACACGGGUACGGGCACGCUUUAUAUUAUCGGCUCGUUCAAGAGGAUGACUACCGAUCCCGAUUUCAAGCUGUACCUGACGUCGAACGUCUCGUCGAGCGACUUCAACAUGGGCUACAGUAUGACGGGUACGCUGGAGCGCGGCUGCAAGAAGACCAACUCCUUCCAAAUGACCCACUUCGCAGUGAUACGGCGGCGGGACUACGAGAAGGCAUACGAGGACCCGAAUCCCACCUAGUGUCCGUCCACACCCACGCUCUCCGAGUGUGGGGACUGCGAGCAUUACACGUAGCUGGGGGAGCAAAGGGCCGCCGGGGAGGAACGAGAUGCACUUCCGCGUGCGUUUGCAUUUACGCUGGGGGAAGUGCACUCGCUGCUCGAUGGAUCGUCGGGAAGGAGUCGCUCCUUAGCGCGAGAUUGAUCACGAAAUCCCGAAGCUCCUGGCAGGUCGGCUUAACGAACGUAUACUCGAGGCGCGGAUCGCGAGGACGUUCGAUCGCGAAUCGCUCGUGAUCGAGCAACUGUCGGAAAGAUAUCUGUGUACAACGUUAGAUCGCUAAACCCGCCUGUGUUAGCCUUUCUUAUUGAUCGCUCGCUUCAAACAGGAGUGAUCUCAUCGCGCGUAGAUAAAAUCUGCAGGUAGAAACGUCAUAGAGAAAAAUGAAAAAGAAAAUGAAACGAAGGAAAAGUGGAAGCAGAUAAAGAGAUAUUAGAAGGAUAAACACGGAAAAGAAAGGCAAACACCGCAAUUCUUAUUCUAUAUAAAGUUAUCUACAUUUCUCUUGAAAAACAUCAUAAGGCUGGGAGAUAAUCAAGGCAGAGUGUGAAGAAGGAAGCUUUAAUUUGCGUAGAAUCAACAUUAGCUCGUGGUAAUAUAAGAGAUCAUGGAGAUGAAAGAGCGCAGAUCAAAGAUAAAAUGGAUUAUGAGGUAAAAAGAAUGCCAAGAGUUUUAAUUCUUGCAGGAUAAAUAUUUUUUUACGAGAUUCCUCGCAAAAUAAAUCCGUAAUGUAUCUCUCACUAGUAGCUUAAUUCUUUUGACUUCUAGAAUUACGGCAUAAUUUUUUUUUUUUAUAUCGGAUCUUGUGUUACGGCUUAAUUAGCGCCCUAAUGAAUUACACAGUGUCUUUCUAUUUCCCCGUAUCGUUAAGAUACGUCAUUCUCGCGCACAAUCCAGUUCGAGAUCGGACGAGAGCGACUGGCAGCGACCUGGAAACAACAGCGACGCUUCGUUUCUUCGAGGAGGUAAGAGCGUGGCCGAAGGAUCGUUAUUAUCGCGAAAUAUCGAAAUGAAACUCCAAAGUCGAGUGGCGGCCCUGCGCGACAGAGCCAAACGUCCAAAGAUAGUCCUUAAAUUAGAUCGAAUUAAUUAGCUCUUAAUGGAAGUCGUCGAGCGACGCGCGUACCUAUAAGCGAGGAAGCGUAUAUACAGAGGGCGACGUUGAUCGAGAGGAUGCGAAAACUGUUUUACCAAAGUACUAGCACGUAAGUUACCUGCAACUUUCUGCCGGCGAUAAUGCAAGAUCGCAACACACACAUCUCCAACUCACCAAGGUACACUGCUUCUCAUCGAUCGACGUAUCGAUGGCUGCCGCCGCCUCGUCGUGAUUACAAUUAGUAAGUGAUUAACGACUAAGGCUUUUUCUCGGUGAAUCAGCUGCCUAGUGUUGUAUGUGUGCCAAUUCAAAGCCAUCGUUGACGAGCACUGUACCUGACAAUUACUACAGAGUCAGAGCGCGCGAAUGCGCACGGUGAAAAGCCCUGGAACGGACGAAACGAUGUUUCCAACUUCAUUUCGCGGCCAGUCGAAAGUUUAAAAGGCGUUUAAGAGAGAUCUACGGAACCAUUGAAAGGGAUUAACACAUUAAAAAAAAGAAAGAGAUUAAAACGUCUUUUAGCUUUGUACGACAUUGCCAACUUCUUGAAUCGAAAUCGUUCAGUUUUUACGUUUCAACUCUUUUGCAAUGUACUCGAACAAAUGAAAAAAAAAAGAAAAUUUAAUCGACAGUAAAUUCUUCAUCAAUCUUUUCUCUCGAUAUUUAUUGCAAUGCAUAAAAAUUUACGUCUUUCUUCAAUUCUUAAAAAUAGAAUUUAAUUUCCGAGUACAGUUACUCUAAAGUGGUGUAGAGUUCAUCGAUUUAUACCUUCAAUAACAAAGUUUUCUAAUUUGACCGGUUUUGCCGAGGGAUACGUAUCGCGUUUCAAGUUUGACGGUUCGCUAGAAUGGAAAAUUUCAUAUGACGAGGCCCGUGUCAGGAUGCCGGUUAUAAAUAUCGUUUCGCUGGUCUAAGGCUUUAUAGGCAGUAUAUAGCUGUAGCGUGUAGCCGGCUUACAAGGUAUUUCAAAGCUUGUUACGCGCCCCUUUCUUUGAGCCACCGCCGACGGACGUCGCUCAAGGAAGGAAGAAAAGCCGCAAGAGAAAGAGAGCUUCGCUGCACUGACGCCGGACACACACGUGACACAAAGCGGGACAUCUCUCUCGCCUUACCUUACGUACGGGAUCGUCGUGAACCGGUGUUGUAAACGCGUAACACGAUACUUAUUUUUGCUAAAAGGUAGGAAGUCACUCACACCAGUCACGAUGCAUCCCGAUGAGAUCUAAGUCAACGAUCGCCGAUCGUUCGUUCCGGCGAGUCGGGAGAAAAGCCUCCGUUAGCGUGACGGUCGUGAAAGAUUCGCGACGAGUCUUUCCCUAUUAUAUUUUAACGUCAAAUAAUUGAUCCGUAUUUAGCGAGUAAAGUUACGUUUCGAUGCCGCGUUAAAAUUAUUUAGUUAAUUAACGAUUAUUGUUAUUUGUCUCACUUUUCGUGACUGUUUGAUAAUAUUAUCGACGUUAUCGAUGUUGCGUUGCGAUUAUUAAAUUAUUUCUACGCAAAAGUAUUAUUAACGGCAGAGUGUACUCGUAGGAGGUUGACACUGCUGUCUUUAAAGCGAGAAAGCCGAUGAACGGCGAGCGAACGCGAUCGCAGAAAUUUCUAUUAUAAUAAACUCGUCGUGCGUAACUCCCCUUUAUAGUCGUCGAUGAAAAUCUAGUACCUACCGCUUUUGCUCAAGGAAUUACCUAUAAUGCCAAAUAAAUACUAUAGUACGCAAGAAAGUUAAGUCCUUCGCAUUUUUGAUAUAAAGAUACGCAUUGCGUUAAGAGCUUUUGUUUAAUAUCGAGAUAAAGUAAGUACAUUUUCGAGCGUUGGGACAAAAUUCUAGAAUGCUAUUUUAGAUUAUUUCCCCUAGAGGCGCGUUAUUGAUAGUUACUAAACCUAUGUCGGGAAUUCAGUAAAGUAAUCCUUUCAGUAUUAAAUUCAAUACAAAUAUUUCAUUAAUUCUAUUUUCGAUUUUCCUGAGAUUCUCAUUAAUGAACAGCAAUUUUCUGAAUGUAACAAUGAUUUUUUUUUAAUAGCUGUCGAAUCAAAAAGAAGAUGAUAUUCAAAUGAACUUAUACGGUUCAAUGGACGUCAUCAGUGUUAAACUUCAAAUUUUUAAUAAACCACAAUCCUAAAUUAUUAACCCUGCACAUAUGGGUUCGUAUUUGUGCCAUUUCCAAUAGUUUCCUCUUUCCGACGCAGAAAGUAAUUUUUAUAAUUCUUUCGAACUUUUUUGUUUCAAUGUCUACACAGCAGAAUAAUUUAGUGGAGACUUUAGAGAACAUGUGUGUAUUUUAACAGAAUUUCUCGAGAACUUUAGGAAACUUAAAAUCGGGUUGGACACAAAUGACCCAUGCGUGCCACUGCAGGGUUAAUAAAGUUUAAACUUUUGUGCAUAGCGGAUAAUAAAAACUGCGAUACAUGACGCAGUCAUACUGAAAGGGUUAAGAGAAGAAGCCUUUGUGGCUGACUGUCUUGAUUGUUCUUUACUUUAACAUUGCUGGAUAAUGCGCGCGUCGACGUUUUUCUCGAAUUAACGUGGAUGAGAGCAAUCGAGUCCCAUCAAAUUCCUCGAGUCUCCCAUCCGAGAGUGGAGUUACAUGUUUACAGGGUUUAGAGUUGUUUCGCAAUUCAAGAGGGUGAGAAAAAGUUUCCCGCUUUCGUCAGCAAUUCUUAUGAUCCUAAUCUGCGCUUCAAUAGAAAUUCCGAUUGCCGGAGAAAGGAAAUAAUUCUGUAAGCCGAUAUUGCUCAUGAUACGGUAAGCUCUCGUUAACUCGAGUUGUCCGACGUCACGGAUCUUUCACUAGCUACCACCCUUCACAAACUGUUCCUAGUUUCGAGUUUCUCCGAAUUCGAGCUAACGAGGGUUCAUUGUACGGGUAUUUGCCAUUGUGUGUGUGUCAGAAUCAAGUUCGUUAUCAUUAUCCACGUUACUUGGAUUGCGAAAAUCAAGUAAAGAAUCGAUAAGAUAAGAUAAAUGUACCAUUGCAUGUAUAUAAGUAUGUAGUUGUAUAAAAUCUAUGCAUUCACAUACAUACACACGUACACACACACGCACGCAUACAGGAACACCCUCCGCGAGUAGAUAAAAUUUUAAGAGAUCCUCGUUGAUGUUGUAGAUCAGUAGAUUAGCGCUCGUCAGUCGCUUCUUUUAGACGAUCUAGUCCUUAGAUCUAGCACGGAUCGCCCGUCGUAGUUAGAUUGUUUUCAGUAGCGGCGGAUUAUAUACCUAAGGAGGUUACACCGAGAACGCUCGCAAUGUACGAAUUACAAAUUCAAAGUCUACGAGCCCAAGACUUGGAUUGAACGAUAAAAACAGUAGAAUUUUUCAUAGCUCGUUCUCUCUAGCUGAGGGUUAUUUCUGUACGUAAAACGUGCCGCUUUGUUCGACACGAUCCGCUUUACGUCUUAGUUGGCGAAAAGCCUCGCUUCCGUUUUACGACGUCGCGGCACCCAAGUUCAACAACGGAAUUUCCGGCGGGCGAGCGAGUCCAGACGACGAUGCGACGUCUCGCUCGCCUUCCUGACUUUUAAGAUUCAUGACCGCCAGUUUAUGACGCUCUUGGUUGACGUGACUUGACAGGAAGCCGAUUUAUGAGAGCGAAACUUGUUAAGAUCCUCGGCGAAUCGCGAAUAUUCGAUACCCAUCGCUCUCUCCCUAUCAAUGCCAUUUACGGCCGAAAUUUCCGCUGGCUUUUAAAGCCCUCGCGAAACGCGACAAAUAUUUCUGGUUAUAUGGCAGUGAAGCGCAACGAGAUGUCAAUAAUAUUGGAAAAUUUACUGGAUAGUCAAACACGCGUCCAUUAUGCAAUAAAAAUCUCGAGUCGAUUUUUUUGUAAUUAAAAUGUCGAAGUGCCAUUUUUGUUCAAGUUAUUAAAGAUUCAUCUUACGUUUCAAUUUGAACGAUUAACUUUUCAAGGGAUGAAUUUAUGAGCGUGAUAAAUUUGAGAAAUAAAAUUUCAUGUAAAGAGACUUGAGUGACACGAUGAUUGACUGAUAUACACUCGAGUUUUAGAAAUCAAGAAAAAUGUCCAAUUAUUAUGUUCAAAAUUAAAUUUUCGCGCUAUUUGGGACAUUGAUUGCAAAUCGGAAUACUCUGUACGACUUUUAUUUUGGCGUAUCAUCAAUGACACGCUGGUGCAUCAUUCAGUUCAUGUUUCGCUGCGAGGGUUCUCGGUUUCGCCUCCGGUAGAAUAAUAUUAUCGUGUCGCCUAAAAUGUUAGUGAUCGUAUCCUCACUUUUCGGGGUAGUCUUCUAUAAGCCUUUUAGGAUGAUUUAAGUGAAUACGUACGUCCGAUAUCACGGUCCCUCCUAACUACUUAGCCGUAGUCUAGACCCACUGAUGCACGCUUCCUUCAAGUCUAAAGAGAGGUCACCUAUCUUCGUCUUCAAGCUGCACAACGGGUCUCUAGUCUAUCUUAUCGCGUCGCGCUACCUAAUCACAUUCGAAUCGCCCAGCGGAUAUUCAAGUUAAUUUAACUUUUAGACGUAUUCGAACAGCUACAUUCAUUUAAUAAUAUCAUUUUGUAAAUGCAAUUAUAUUGAUUCUUGAUAAUGUUUAAAGUAAUUUUUACAUUAAUAACUAUAAACGAAAUUUUCCUUAGAGUCGAGGUUGUGUUUUUCAAGAAAUUUAAUUUUAAAUUAAAUCAUACCAAAUAACGAAGCGUAAUUAUGAAUACAUUAUGAAAAUAUUUGAAAAAUUUGUACAUCAACAUCCUCACUUUGAACAUAUGAAUUUAUGUCAAGGGAUACUUUAGAAGCCAAGUUGUAAUAUUUAAGAAAUGUUUAUUCUGUGUCAAAUCGUUAUAAAAAUUAAAAUGAUUACAAACAAAAUAUAAAAAAAAUUUAUCUUAUAUUUGAUUGUAUUCAAAUAUUAUGAUUUUAUUCGUAUAUUUUGCUCAACGAUUCUUUGCGCGAUAUUGUUAAGAUUUAACUUUCAUUUCACCGAUGAAACCCAAAUAAAAAUCGAUCUCGGCGAUCCGGAUGCGACAGAGGAAGCGAGCCGUACCCUAUCUUCGAGAUAUAACGAGAACGUAAAUGUAGGGAGCGCCAAGUAGUAGUGAUCGUAGCAGAAUCGAUGGUCGUCGUUGUCGUGCUCAUCGUCGGGCGUCGCAACGCCGUCGACGCUCCGUUUCUCGUUUCUCUCCGAGUCGAUCUCGAUAUUUCUCCUUCUGUUCUUUUCCCCCCUCGCGCCCUUCUCCCAUUCUCCUUCUCGUUAGAACGCUAGUCGAAUCUUCACCGCUCACGCGAACGUCGAUCGGCAGAUCUUAUUUUUUCUAGGCGGCUAAGAUCCUCGACUCGCGAUCUCGCGGCUUUCGAAUAAACACGCCGUGGGAGCGUCGACGACGGUCGCGACGAACCGGUGAUAAAUUUUUUAGGAUACGACAGUCGGACUCGAUAUCAACAGGUAAUGAGAUUCGAACUCGGCGAGUAAUAGAAUGCGAAGCUGUAAUAUUUAAAGCGAACUUUGAGAAUGUGAAUUUCAAAUUCUGUCUCCGAAUCCUUCAACUGCCAAUUUUUGAAAACCGUGAACGCCAAGUGUCACGCUGAAAACGCGUGACAAGUUAAUUUUAAUUCUAAUUUCCUACGUAAUUUAUAGUUGGCUAAGUGUAACGUGAACAUAAUUAUUUAUCGUAUAUGGGCUACGGUAUUUGAAAACUUUUCCAAUAACGCCAUGAGCCGAUGUUGCUGAAAUUUAUUUUAAGGUAAAUGGUGCAUGUAUAUAAUAUUGUAAUGUUGUUUGUGACUUUUACGUCGUGCUUACAUCGCAAAAAUACAAUUUUCAUAUUAAAGUAAUAAUAUGCAAAAUUGAACCCCGUAUUAGCGACGACGUUAAAAAAGACAUACUAUAUAUAUACGAAAUAGACGUGUAUUUAUUUGUUUGAUAAACGUUCGCUUAAUUGCGAGUUACGUCAUAUAAUGUGAUAUAAAGAAGUUCGAGCAGAGAAGUGUGCUUUAAAUUUCAUUACGUUUCAUUAAUUUCACUUUGCUGUAAAUGGUCGUGCGACUGUCGCAUCCAUAUCUCGUUGUAAUCGAUGUGUAGUCACGUAGCAGGUAGCGAGAGAAGAAUGUAUCCUUGUAAGAAACUGUUAAACUGAUUACGACGCUAUACCGGUCUUAACAGGAAAAGAUGAAAAAGAAGAAAAAAAAAAAAUUACUAACGAAACAUUCGUAUUCAAAGCUAUGGCUGUGAUCCUCAUUAAUUAAUCGGUAAAAAUCGGUUCAUACUGUGUAUUCGACAUUAUAUAUACAUAAAAAAUAAAUAUAUAUAAAUAUUAUAUAUAUAUAUUAUAUAUAUUAUAUAUACAUACACGUAGGUUACGGCGAUAUAUUUAGUGAUAAAAGGAAAUGAUAUUUUGCACACACAUUAUUACGUUUCGCGUUCACUUUUCUUCUUCCUUUCUUUUUUUUCGGCCGGUCGAAAUUUACGGUUGCGCGCUCCUCCGCGACGCACGGCGGCGGCGGCGGUGGCGGCGGCGGCAGUAGCGGGGCAGCUUUAUUUUUUUAUCUGGUGCUAAAUCCUCCCUCCCCUUCCCCCAGAGAGAGAGAGAGAGAAAGAGAGAGAGAGAGAGAGUACUAGCGUGCGAUUUCGUUGAUCGAGACAUUGAUCGGUCCCUAGGCGUUUUACCCGGUGGCGGGGAAUUGAAACCGGUAGAAAUUCGAUGGCGUAGACACGCAAAAAAUGAUCUCGACAGCGCUGAAAUACGGGGCGAUAUUUUACGCGUGAUUCAUGAAUGAAAGCAAAGCGAAAAGCCGCGAUACAAAUGUGGCUUCUAAAAGCCCACGAUUCUUUUUUUAUUCGUUGUUACGCAAAUAGGACAGCUCGCUCUCGUAUGGCAAACGAGAAUUAAAACGCUCGUUGAAAUUGUCGAGCGUAACGCCAAAAUCAAUUGUUUUAUAACGCAAGUUACAAAUCCUCAAUUGAAAAUUGAUGCCUAAUUCUUUUUGGCUUUUGAACACUGGAACGACCGCGACGUGAAAGCUGACGAUUCUAUGAUCGUUACGUGAAAAUUUUUAUCAAUAAAUUACAUUAUUAAAAUAUUGUCGCCCAUUUCGCUGUGAAUAUUUAUUCGCGGUAGACUUUGUGAUUGUGUUUACAGUACGGAAAAUCGAGAUUACACGCCGGUUUCAAUUCUCGCGCGUCGAACAAGAGUUCUGUGGUUUUUUUUUAAGAAUAACUGAUGUUCGCGUGUCGACGAAUGAUUGCUCACUGUAUUCGCGUUUGAUUGAGAAUCAAAUUUCGAAAUCAAAGCCAUUAGCGCGAUAGCUCCUAAGGUCUCUCUGCGAAGUCACCAUCAAUGCGUAACGCACACACGAUUCGUUUAACAACGUACGUCUAAUUAAUCGAUUAGGCCGUAGGCUUAAUGAGCGCGGUAACGCCGCGCGAAAUUGCAGGUGGAUACGCGCGAUGAAAGGGCAUUCAACAGUGGCUCUUUGGCCGACUGUACAUUGAUUGCACUACAAACACGAGUGAAUAAAGAGGCUUUGUAACGUACGAGAAUGAUGCAGAUUAAAGCAACGAAGAGUAAAUUCGGAGUUCAAAUAGAUCAUUUAACAAAUAAUUCCUCUGUGAUAUAUUGUACAAUUAUACCUAUUCUCUAUUACUUUAAUUGUAAGCAAGUUUGUAGCAUGAAGUUUAUCUAUUUCGAGAUUAAAAUGUACUGACUUUAUUGAAAAUUAAUAACGCGAGUAAUUGAUACUAAUUUGUCCGUUGCACACAUAUACUUUUGUAUUUUAAUAAUAUCUAUUCACGGAAGACAAAUAUUUAAUAAAGACUUUUUCUGAACAAAUUCGAUUAUUAAAUUGACUUUUUUUUAUGUACAGUAUCUUAAUGCUUGAUACACGUUCUUUACUUACACAUAACUUGAAUUUUGCAAGACAUUUUUACGCCAGCUGAUAUCAAUUGUACUAUUUUUAUAUUCUUGCAUCUGACACGUAUGUAAUAUUGGUCGUAAAGCCUUUUCGUUCGCAUGAUAUUGAAUGGAGCCGACAUGAAAACGAAGUAACAGCAGAAAAUGUUCCUGUCGUACGCGAAACCCGAGGCUAUAUAUUUUCUACGAAAUACGUAUAUUCUUCGCGCGUGAACGUGUAAUAGUAUAUUGUAUUUUAUUUUCGCCACUGUUGUCACGUCGUUAAUCGCGCGUUGCCACGAGCCCGAGAAGAGGCUCGAUUUUCGAGCCUCCUCUCCGCGCCUGCAUCUGUAAAAUGAGCGACAGAGAUAAUCAGUUAAUCGCGAUUUCUUCGUUCCUCGUUGUCAGAUUGAGAUCGUCGGUGAAUGAGAAGAGAAUCAAAUGAGUCAUUUUUAAUGCAGCAAAAUCAAAUGAGAAUUAUUCAAAAUAUUUUUCCCAGCCAGGAGGUAACUGGCCAACACAAGGCUAGAUAUUAACUAAUAAUAUAAUACUUUUUUCACCCUUUUUUGUAUAUUUUUGAAUAAUUAAAGCGUUAGUUCAGUGUGCGUGAAUUCCUGUCGUUUUUAAUCUAUAUAACCGCAAUUGUACGUACAAUCAAAAGACGUUUAUUUGGAAAGCAGAUAAACGUUAACGUACGCAAAACUGACGCCAACAUUCAUCGUAGGAUCGGAAAGGUUUAAACGAGGGACACAGAUAAAUGUUUACUACUAUAACUGCCGGAACGAAGAAAGCGCGAGCGUUCGAUGUAUUUUCACUACAGUCCUGUCUACAGUCAAUUCAUUUUGUAUCUAUACCUAAUCUAUGUAUCUAUCGUCAUAAUUUAUGCUGAAUAAAUGUUACAUUUACGCAUAA